AUGGCCACGAGCGCCUCGCCCGCCGAGAGCGCCGGAACGAGUGAGGGCGGUCCUCCAGGGUUCUUCACCUCGAACCGACCCGCAGGUACCGCCGCCUCCCGCUAUCCAACCUCUCAGUCCUUCCUCCCGCCGAUCCAGCCCGCGCCUGCACCGACGACGAGUAGCGGUCGAGGAGGUGCCACGCUGUUGAGCGACGAGGAAGACGAGACGGAUUCGACGCCUGGCGCGACGUAUGUCCCGCCUUCUGCGCAGUCGCACUCGUUCGCUCCGCCUUUGCAGCCGAUUGCGCCUGCACCGCCGAGGAGCGGGUCGGUCAAACCACGCGCCGGGUCGGUCGCUUCCUCCGUGGGAACACCAGGCGGGUCGAGCAAGGGGAAGGGGAAGGCCAAGGCUGAUGGGGAGAAGACGUCUGCGGGUGGGAAGAAGGCGAGCGGGAAGGGCGGGAAGAGGGGACAGCAGGUUGGGCCGGAUGGGAAGCCUGUGCCGAAGAAGAAGAAGGCUGGGAGGGCGUGUGCGGCGUGUCAGAAGGCGCAUUUGACGUGCGACGACGCUCGACCUUGCGCCCGUUGCGUCAAGAAGGGCUGUCCUGAAGACUGCGUUGACGGCGCGCGGAAGAAAGCCAAGUACCUGCAGGAGAUUCCGGACGAGCUCCUCGACCGCGGCCGGCAACAUCCGCCUGGGACGGGCCCUCCAGCUGCGACGACGCCGAUUCCUGCUGCCGCUCCCUCGCUACCGCAACAAACAGAGCCAAACUUCUUUCAGGGGUCGCCGACGUUCUCGACUGCAGAAGCGGGACCGUCGCAACCGAUGCUGGCGGGCGUCUCGCAACCGACUCUCACGACCGAGCCCCAACCUCAACCCUUCUUCGACUUUUCCUCCGCUCCGCCCGUUCCUUCGACUUCUGCCGCAGCGACCUACGACCCCUCAAGCUUCUUCUCCUUCCCUUCCAUCUCAGCCGCAACACCAACAGCGACAUCGAUGUCCCUUGCCAACCUCUUCAACGACUCGACCCAAUUCGGAUCCGAAGCAGCAGGCUUUGAGUACGCGAUCCUCAACGCCAUGCUAAACGGCAACGGAUUUGCGACGGAUACGAAUACACAGCCUGCGCUGGGUGGGAUCAACGGCGCGGACGAGGGGUUCAAGCAAGGGAGGGAAGACCCGAUGUUGCUUGACGCGGGCGCAGCGGGCGGAGGCGCGGCAGGUCCUUCGCUCAUUGAUGGGGAAGGCAUCGCACCGAACGGAGCGGGCAGAACCUUCGGAGACGGAAUGGACGGAGCGUACGGACCUGCGAAGGUGCAGCAGCCGGGCGUUUUGACGGCCGAGGAGGCGUAUCGGAGCGUCACAAAGCCGUAUCCGUACGCGCAGAGCUAUCACUUCCUCGUCAAGCAUCUCAAGGAGCGGUUCGAGAAGAACGACAUCCUCCGCAUCAUCCGCGCGCUGGCGACGUUCCGACCCAGUCUCAUCGCCCUGCAGAUGCCGCUGACGGAGGAAGACGAGACCUUCGUCGAGCGCACCUUUCAGCGCACCCUCGUCGAGCUCAACAAGCUCAUCUCGUUCUCUGGCACGCCCACGGUCGUCUGGCGCAGGACGGGCGAGAUCUGUCUCGUCGGGACGGAGUUCUGUCUCUUGACGGGCUGGAAGAGGGAGGAGCUGGUGGGCAAGAAAUACAUCUUCGAGCUCUUUGACACUGCCUCGGUCGUCGAGUACUACGAGUCGUUUGCCAAGCACGCCUUCGAGUCGACCGCGACGUCCAUCACGAUGCAGUGCGUCGUCCUCGCGCCCGAUGGUCGGCCCGUCCCGUGCGCGUUCUGCUUCUCCGUUCGACGAGAUCUCUUCUCGUGCCCUUUCCUUGUGAUCGGCUCGUUCCUCCCCAUCUUGGUCUGA